AUGGAAAUACAGAAUCUUUGGAGCUUCAUGGCUUCCCAAAAGAUGACCAAUCCUAUUGUGCCUGGUUCUUCCAAAUGGAUAACCCAAGAAUUGGAAAAUAGUGUUCGAACGAUGUUUACCGAAACCCAAAGAUUCGCAGAGUCUGUGAAUUAUGAACUGGACUGGUUAGACGAACAAAUGGGAGAAAUUUUAGAGGGUUCUCCCAACCUUGUCAUGCUGGCACUGAGAUCUCCCAAGAAGUUGCAAGAGUCACCCAGUAGGAAAGCUGAUGGUGAACCUCUUACCAACAAUGUUUUCCAAGAACCAGUCGUAAAUAACAUUCCAGAGUUGCAAACUACAGAAAGUUAUAAGAAGGAAAAAUUUGAUGAAUAUAGAAAACUGAGGGAACAAGUUAAUAUUAGUCAAAGCGCUAUAGGUGGUAAGAGAGAAUCAACACCUGAUAAUUCAUUUGAAGAAAUCAAAGAAAGUGUUCGGAAGUCAAUGUUAACGCGGACUUCUGUGCGUGCCAGUAAUAGUUCCGAUUCCCCACCAACUAUUUUAGGUGAAGAAGUACUUUCUCCUAUUCGCUCUGCCCCAAUUUUGGCACCUACUCAAGGAGAGAAUUUUACAAUAGUUGAGCAUGCAACAGAAGAAAAAGUCCCCCUGAAAGAUGAUCAGGAUGAGAAACAUGACGAUAACAGGAGGAGCACAGCAACUACUGCAACCACUCCAUUUGCAUCCCUCCCUUCAAGAAGGGAGCUAAGUAUUAAAAGAAGUGCUGGGAAAAAUGCAUCCGAUUCUGAGUUCCAGAACCUCAAGGAUAACAUCGCACCUCCAAAAGAUAAUGUGUCCACAUCCUUAACUGUGACAAAUAAUUUGAAGAUGUCUCCCGAAGUUUUAGAUAGUGGAUUUGCAAGCGUCGGAGGGACACCUUCGACAAGAGUCCAAUCUCACGUUGAAAUAGAAACCGGAAGCAUGUGGUUCAAUCCUGAACUAUCAGAGAGAACAAUACUGAAGUUCGAUGCUUCAGAUGAGAAAACAGUCUGUGAAUCCCAGUUCUCACCUACAAGAAAAAAGAAUGUUCGAAAAGAACAAAAAAUCAUUAAUCAUUCAGUUCAUCUGUCGCCUUUACAUUCAAAUCCGAGAUUCAAUAAUGUAUCACCAAGAAAAGAACCAGUAUCCCCCAAAAAAAUCAGUUUGUCUCCAAUAGUUAAAAUCCUUCCACCAUCAAGAAGAGUAUCAUCCGCUAAGACCACUGCAAUAGCUAAGAAGCUGGGUAAACCCGCACUUACAUCAGUAUCUUUAGAGGUGCAACCAAAAACGUCAAAUAAAAAAGCAAACAAGAAAUCAAUUAACAGGGUAAUUCUUCAAGAGCAGAUCCAGCAUCGAAGGUUACAACUUGAAAACGAGAUUCGAAAUCGAAAGAAGAUUGAUGUCCAACAAAUACAGAUUCCAGUCGAGAGAAACUUACCAGAUAUAAAACGCAGACGUACCGAAAGACUGCUUGAACCAAAAGUACUUGCGGAAGUUUCUACCGACAGGCUCAAUAAGACUGCCUCCUUAGGAAACGGUGCGAAAUCUCCUUUUGCAAAGUCGGUUCAACCUCAGUCCAAACGCUCCAUUUUUAAUGUUUUUCAAAGGGUGACCCCUUCUACAAACGAAAAGCCCAGUGAGCUACCAGAAAUAUUCUCAGAAUCGGAGGACGAUGCUGAAGGGAGCGUACUCCAGCCUUGGGCCGAAUUUGGACAAUUAAAAAUUGCCCUCAUCAAACAACAGUCUCUUAACCCGGUAUCCGUCUUUGGCUCUGUGCUACCAUUAGAUAUGGACGCUAUUUUCCGGUCUUAUAACCGAUUCAAUCGUUAA